AUUUGUGGAGCUUCAAGAACAACCCCAAACACAAAUAGAAAACAUACCGGUUUGACAGCAAUUAACGCACAGCCAAUCAGAGACGUCUACCGCUCUAACACAGCGCGCCAUAUUGGUCAUUAACAAGGCGGAGCUAGUUCGUGUUCGCUCUCUCUCACUCGCUCACUCCCGCGCUGAGUAUGUCUGCGGUGGUUGUUUUCGACUGGGCGAGUGAGCUGUGUGCUGUGCAUGCGGCAUCGUUGGGUUUCAUUUGCGCGCAGAUCUUUGAACGGUUCACUACGUCACGUAUCGCGCGCUCCGACAUAUUCGAAGAGAGUAAACAAAUUUUAAGUUGACAAUGCAAAACGACCAUACGGCGCUGCUGCCGCCACCGCCGCCGGUAGAAAGCAGCAGCAAGCUGAUCAGCAAACCGUUACCGAAACCCUUUUCCAUAGAGAGUCUAAUUGCGAAUCAAAGAACUGCCGUUAUUCCUGCAUCCAAUAGUGAUCACGAACAGGAAAGAGAACGAGAACAAGAACGGGAACGGGAACGGGAACGGGAUCGAGAACGGGAAAGUAAUAGUCAAGAGCUUAAUGCACGUGCUAUGCUGGGUCUGACACAGUUUCCACUUUACAACCCCUGGCUGCAUGGCUACUUUGCCCAGAACCACGAACGGCUCUCACAUCUAAUUGCCGGCGGCGGUGGUGGUGGCGGCGGUGGCAGCGGUUACCUGGCUGCACCGUUUGCCGGCAAGGAGCCACACUCACCGUCACAGUCACUGCCACAGUCACAGUCACAUGCCUUGGACAGCCUCAGCCUCAGUCCGACAAAGCCCAAUGAGCUGCCUCUGCCUCAUCCGCUGGACACUCGAUUCCUGCCCUUCAAUGCUGCUGCAGCCGCUGCCGCCGCAGCUGCUGCUGCUGCUGCUCCCUCUGAUCUAAGCUAUCGUCGUCUCGCAGAACUCAUGAACCAGGAUUAUGUGCAUAGUCUGAGCGUACAUGCCAGACUCCAACACAUGGCCGAGAGCCAACAUCAUCAUCAUCAUCAUCAGCCCAUGGCUUUAGCGCCAAGCCAACAGCACGAGCCAUCACCACCUCAGCAAUCAUCGCCCUCGAAAUCAGCAAGUCCUGCAGAACCUGCUGUCGAUGUCGGCAUGGACGAGGACUAUGAGUGCAGCGGCGAUUCCUGCAGCGACAUCAGCCUCACUAUGUCGCCCCAAAACUACGCCACGGAGCUCGACAAGAGUCGCAAUGGAGCAUACACCAACUCGGACAGUGAGGAUUGCAGCGAUGACGAGGGCAGUCAGUCGCGCCAUGAAGCCGGCGGCAAGGAGUCGCAGAGCGGUGGCAGCAACAGCUCCUCCAAGUCUCGUCGGCGACGCACAGCCUUCACGUCGGAGCAGCUGCUCGAGCUGGAACGCGAAUUCCAUGCCAAAAAGUAUCUCAGCCUAACGGAGCGCAGUCAAAUAGCCACAAGUCUGAAACUAAGCGAAGUCCAGGUAAAAAUCUGGUUUCAAAAUCGUCGCGCCAAAUGGAAACGCGUUAAGGCCGGACUCACGUCGCACGGCUUGGGCCGAAAUGGCGGUUCGAGUGGCACCAAAAUUGUAGUGCCCAUACCAGUGCAUGUAAACCGCUUUGCGGUGCGCUCGCAGCACCAGCAGCUGGAGAAAAUGUGCCUCAGCGGGCCCAAACCGGAUCUGCGCAAGAAACUGCCAACGGAAACGAUCAGCGGCUUCGAAAAGUUUAAUGCCAACACCGUUGGCUCUGCCUCAACUGUGGGCGUAGGCGUGGGCGUGGCCAUGGGUGUAGGUAUGCCGUCGAUUGGCCCCGCUGCAGCCUCGCUGGCCCUGGCGCGUAGUAUUUACUGAAAGAGCCGAAGAGCUAGUAUUUACUGAAAGAGCCGAAGAGCUGAAUAACAUCUUUGUUAACAUUUUUGCUGUACAUAAAAUAUGUCUCUCCCCCAAGAAUUUGGCUCAAGUGUAGAGACAAACUUUUGUAAAU